AUGAAGUUCCUAGCCGUACUCGCUGUGGGUGCACUUAUUUGUGCUACCUUUGGGACCGCCGAAUCCAAAACAUUUAGUGAAUGUGAAUUGGCUAAGCUUUUGUAUAGAACAUACAAAUACGACAAAACCAAAGUGAACAAUUUUGUCUGCCUGGCACGGGCGGAAAGUUCCCUCGAUACGAGCAAAACCAACAAGAACAGCAAUGGGUCCACUGAUUAUGGACUGUUUCAGAUCAACAACAAGUACUGGUGUUCAGCAUCGGGUUAUUCAUCUAGCAAUGACUGCAAGGUUUCUUGUUCCGAUCUUUUAUCGAACGACAUCACCAAAGCGGUUAAUUGUGCAAACACAAUAUACGCACGCCAUGGAUAUUCCGCCUGGUAUGGAUGGAAAUCCAAAUGCAGCAGUGGCGUGAAGGACCUUUCAUCGUGUAUGUAAUAAGAUGACGAACAGCAAUCAAAUUGUAUUCGUUGAAAUAAAGCACGGCUAGUCCCAUCACAUUUCUUUUCACCUAUCUCGUGUAGCUAU